GUGCCUAAAAGUAAACACUGGUUUAUAGCAAAAGAAAAUCGUAUAAAAUGAGAAAUCUGAUAAAAAGAUUGUUUCUAGCUACAAAUUUAUCAACUAACAGAAGUAUUCAUGUAAGAUUGUAUGCUAAAAGUGCAAAAGAAAACAAAAAGAAGGAAGAAUUGGAAGAUACUGUUGAACUUAAGAAGAACAUAGUCGUGGAAAAGUUCAACGGCAUAACAACUAUAAAUAUUGACCGUCAACACACGCGGAACAGUCUCGACGAAGCAACACUUAGGGAAAUGACUGCAGCUAUCAAUGCAUUUGAAAAAGAUGAGACUUCUAAAGUGCUUGUUUUCAAUGGUGAAGGUGGUUCGUUUUGCUCUGGAUUUGACAUAGAUGAAGUCGAUGCCAAAGGAUAUAACAACAUGAAAGAUGCUGCGGUAAGGCUACUUCAAAGACCACUUUGCGAUAAAACAACUAUAGCAGCAGUGUCAGGCUAUGCAGUUGCUGAAGGAUUUGAAUUGGCUUUAGCAUGUGACCUUCGUGUCAUUGAGGACACUGCUGUCAUGGGAUGCUUGGGGAGAAGGUUUGGUGUACCACAAUCGUUGUUUGGUGCCAGGCGUCUCACUGCUCUCGUGGGGUUGUCCCGUGCACUCGACCUGCUGAUAACUGGCAAACUUAUAUCUGGUGUGGAGGCACAACAAGCAGGGCUCUGCUCCAAGCUCACGGCUACAGGCACUGCUUUAGGAGAAGCAAUGAAACUCGCGAAAUCCCUAACAAAAUUCCCUCAGAAUGCGUUAAUGAUGGACAAGAUGGCUGCCGUCAACUCCCAGUUGAACCCGAACAGCGAUGAAAGUAUGAGGGAUGAAGCUGUCAUGACCAGCUUAUUGGGGGGAGCUAUAGAGGAUAUCAAGGCUGGAGUCAAGAAGUUCCAGGGUGGUAUUGGGAAGCAUGGCAAAUUCUACAAACUGACAGAUGCACCUCUAAAGCACUGGGAGUUUGAAGAGACUUUUGAAGAGGUGACAGUGGAGAUAAAGCAAGAUGCCAAACAAAAAUCCGAGGACAGUACAAAGUCAAAAAGCGAAGACGUCUGUAGCAAGUUCACCGAGAAAAAGCCUUGAAAUAUUUUUGACUGAUUUUUGUUAACACUUCGUGUAUUAUUAAUUGUUAAGCUGUUUAAUUAAUCUUUGGUUAUUUAAAAAUAAAGCUGUGUCUAGUCAAG